AUGGCGACUGAGAACAAAACCAAGCCCGGAGCCUCCAGCGAAGAUGCCUACCGAACGAGGACCAUCCAGGAUCUGAUGUCCCUGAAGGGCAGGGUCACUGUCGUCACUGGAGGCGCACGGGGCAUUGGCUUAGCACUGGCCAGAGGUGCUGCCGAGCUGGGAAGCGAUGUCGCCGUCCUUGAUAUCCUCGAAAAGCCAUCUGACGCCUUUCUCGACCUCGAAAACCAAUUGGGCGUCAAGGCCAAGUACUAUCGAACAAGCGUGACGGAUCCGGAGGGCAUGGCGCGGAGUUUCGAUGCGGUGGUGAAGGAUUUCGGUCGGAUCGAUAACUGUGUCACUGCGGCUGGUAUCGUCCAUGAUAAACCAUUCCUUGAGACCACUUGGGAUGAAGGCCUCAAGAUUCUUCAAGUCAAUGUGCUGGGCACGAUGCUUGCCGCCCAACUGGCUGCCAAACAAAUGCAAGCCCAGAAAACCGGGGGGAGUAUCGUGAUGAUAGCAUCGGUGACUGCUCAGACUGCCCUGCCAACUCAGAGGCUGAACAUUUAUGGCGCCUCCAAGGGAGCGGUCAGGACUCUCUGCCUGCAGUUGUCAGUGGAGCUUGGUCCUCUGGGAAUCCGGGUCAACACGGUGUCCCCUGGUUAUAUCGCCACCGAGAUGACGAAAGGGCUGGUCAUCACAAACCCUGGGUUGCUGGAAGUCUUCAAGUCUGCACCGCCAAUGGGCCGAAUAGGCGAUCGAACUGAUCUCAAGGGCGCCGUUGGAUAUCUCCUUAGCGAUGCGGCGGCGUAUACGACUGGCGCUGAUAUCCUCGUUACUGGCGCCGUGCAUGCCGGUCAGGUGUAG